GACAACUGGGUAAGGUUAGUAUAGCUAAAGCGGUGUGUUGAUUGUAUUUAUGCCUGCGGACCUGUGUUUAUAGUUUUUAGUUAUCUAUCGUGUAUUUUAUGGAUUCGUAAGUUUAAUUGUCUAGUUAGUCUGACGGAUAAGUAGAUUUUUCUGGGUAAACGUAGUAUUGUCAUAACGCAUAUCAUAGGUUUUAAAAAGAAACAUGGAAGAACCAAAAAUCGACCUGGUCUUAUCAGGAUCUGACGUUUUUAUUUGGAACGCAGAUGACUGGUUGAAAUUGAGACAAGUGCACAGGAUUAUCGGUGAAUGCAUCGGAUGUAUAGCAAAGAAACCCAGGCAGGAAACUAUUUCUGGUCUUCCUGUGCUUUUAUUACCCGAAGAAGCCAAAUUGUUGAUAGAAAAAGGAAUAGGUCGUUUGGUUGGCAAACCAAUUUUAAAAGAAACACCUACCGAGUCAUUGAAAAAAAAGUUUGAGGAGUAUCGAGAAAAACUAUUUGCUGAGCAAGAAGCGUCUAUGACUGAACAAAGGAGGAUACAGGUUGAACAUAUGAUGGAUAAAAUCGUUGAAGGCAAGAAAAGAAAGAUCUUGGGCUUGCGUACAAGUAAAAAGAAACUCAGAAAGCCUGUGAAUGAAGAGACGCAGAAAGCAUUGGAGUCCAUAGAAGUUGACAGGGAAGCUUUAAUGGAAGAAGAAUUGUCAAAGUUACCCAAGAUGGAAAAAAUUGAUGCAUUGGUGCAAACUCACACUGCAUUUCCUUGGCACACUGGUGUCAUCAAAAUAGAGCAGUGGAACUAUCCUUCGAAUGAAGAAGAGUCUUUUAGGUAUAAGGUAUUUAAAGAUAUUUGGGAGCAAGGAUUCUACGUAACAAGUGGACAAAAAUUCGGCUGUGAUUUUUUAGCAUAUCCAGGUGACCCAAUCAUGUUCCAUUCGCAACUCAUGAUUCAAUGUAAAAAUCGAAACGAAGAGCUGCCUGUACUGGAACUUAUUUCAGAGUGUCGUAUCGGAAGUCACGUUCGAAAGACUUUAGUUUACGCUACAUUAUCCAAAGAUGGUGAGGAGAUUGAAUAUUUUUCUACUAGAUGGGCAGAAUCAUCUAUGGGAGAGUUAUAACAAUAUUUUUAGAAAGACUAAAAUUUUUAAUAUCAUGAAUAAAAUUAAGUUUGUAAGAAAGA